GUUUCGACGCUGUGACUUGUCUCGGGAAUGUGAACGCGGAAUUUUCAGGGAGCGCGCACGUCUCGUGGCCGUAAAUACGUGGGCGGAGCGCGCCGGCGUUCUUUCUUUCUCUCGUCCUGAAGAUGGCGGCAGGGACUCUGUACACAUACCCAGAGAACUGGCGGGCCUUCAAGGCCCAGAUCGCAGCCCAGUACAGCGGCGCUCGCCUCAAGCUGGCCAGCAGCCCUCCUGCCUUCACCUUCGGGCAGACAAACCGCACCCCUGCCUUCCUCAACAACUUCCCUCUGGGCAAGGUACCUGCCUACCAGGGUGAUGACGGCUUCUGUCUGUUUGAGAGUAAUGCCAUUGCUCACUACUUGAGCAAUGACGCCCUGCGUGGUGCCACUCCUCAGGCCGCUGCCCAGGUUCUGCAGUGGGUCAGCUUCGCCGACUCUGAGGUCAUCCCUCCGGCCAGCGCGUGGGUCUUCCCCACUCUGGGAAUCAUGCAGUUCAACAAGCAGGCGACAGAGCAGGCCAAGGAAGAUGUGAAGAAGGUCCUCACGGUGCUGAACCAGCACCUGACCACUCGCACUUUCCUGGUGGGGGAGAGAGUGAGCCUGGCCGACAUUACCGUGGCCUGCUCCAUGCUCUGGCUCUUCAAGCAGGUGCUGGAGCCGUCCUUCCGUCAGCCUUACCCCAACGUGACUCGCUGGUUUGUCACCUGCGUCAACCAGCCUCAGUUCAAGGCCGUUCUCGGAGAAGUCAAGCUGUGUGAGAAGAUGGCCCAGUUCGAUGCAAAGAAGUUCGCUGAGAUGCAGCCCAAGAAAGAAGCUCCUGCCAAAAAAGAAAAGGCCGGAAAGGAGGCAGCCAAACCCCAGGAGAAGAAAGAGAAGAAGAAGGAAGAGAAGAAGCCGGCACCAGAAGAAGAAAUGGACGACUGUGAUGCUGUUUUGGCUGCGGAGCCCAAAGCCAAGGACCCCUUUGCACACCUGCCAAAGAGCCCGUUUGUCAUGGACGAAUUCAAGAGAAAGUAUUCCAACGAGGACACCUUGACAGUAGCCCUUCCUCACUUCUGGGAGCACUUCGACAGAGAGGGCUACUCAAUCUGGUAUGGUCAAUACAAAUACCCAGAGGAGCUCACGCUUACCUUCAAGAGCUGCAACCUCAUCACAGGCAUGUUCCAGCGUCUCGACAAACUGAGGAAGAACGCCUUCGCUAGCGUCAUCCUGUUUGGUACCAACAACGACAGCAGCAUCUCUGGCAUCUGGAUCUUCAGGGGUCAGGACCUGGCUUUCACUCUGUCUGAAGACUGGCAAAUUGACUAUGAAUCAUACGACUGGAGGAAGUUGGAUCCAGACAGUGAGGAAUGUAAGACCAUGGUAAAGGAGUACUUUGCCUGGGAAGGGGAUUUCAAGCACGUGGGCAAAGCUUUCAACCAGGGCAAGGUCUUCAAGUGAACGGACACCGAUGCAGUCGAACUCAAGCACUUUGUGCUCCUGCUCUCAACACUUAAACAUAAUGGACUUUCAGCCACAUGUGCUUAACUUUGCUGCAGGAAUGACUUCAAAUGACAGUGUUUGAAGACAAGUGAAUUGUCUCAAUGGCCCCCAAACUGUUUUUUCUGUUGUUUGACUUGCGAAAUAAAGCAUUUUCCUCAAUGUCA